AUGAUUCACCGUGACUCAAGGAAAUCUCCAUUCUACGACCCAAAACUUACACUAGAAGAUCGUGUGAGAAGAAUGAAUAUGAGAUCAGAAGCUCGCAUUUCACAGCUUUUGGUUGACAAUAAUCUAGAAAAAUAUGUUGAUGCAUUUCAAAUUAUCCCAUUUGAAGGGUACGAGUUUCUUGUUCCAUUAAAAAUUGGCACACCUCCUGUGCCACAAAUUCUUGUCAUGGACACUGGUAGUUUAUUACUUUGGGUUCAUUGUGGCUACACCAUGGGUGGUGAACGCUCACCAUAUCCACUAUACAUCUAUUCACAUUCUCCAUCAUAUAUUGAAGACGUGUUCUGUAAAACACCUAUGUGUGAGUUUAUAAUGCUUAAAGGCGAAUGUGGACGUGACUCGAAGAGAUGUGAGUAUACAUAUAGAUAUAUGUCAGGUAUGACUCAGGGAAAUCUUGCUUCUGAAGUUUUUACAUUUCAGUCACCAAAUGGAACUGAUGUGACUAUGAACAAGCGUCUUAUGUUUGGAUGUUCCUCAAUACUUUCUAAAGGUGCAAAUCAUGUUAGUGGAAUUCUUGGACUUAGCAAACGAGCUAUUUCUUUGAUUUCUCAACUAAAUCAUACUGGAUUUUCCUAUUGUAUCGGUAAUAUUAAUGACGAAGACUAUGAUUCAAACACAUUGGUUUUGGGAGGAGAGCCUGUAAUUUUGGAAAACUCUACUCCCAUGUUUAUAGUUAUAGGAAAAUACUAUAUAACCUUAGAAAAAAUUAGUGUGGGAGACAAGUUUCUUGACAUCGAUUCAAGUAUAUUCAAGAGGAUCAAUUACGAAGGUGGAAUGCUUGUUGAUAGCGGAGCCACUUCAACUUAUUUGCCUGAUAUUGGAUUCAAUAAAUUGAAGGAGGAAAUAAGAUUUGUGAUUGGUACGACAUUAACAGAGCAUAUAAGCUCAAGAAAAGGUGAACUAUGUUACCGUGGAACUAUCAGUGAAGAUCUUAAAAAUUUUCCGACCAUAGCAUUUCAUUUUGUUGAAAAUGCUGUAUUGAAGUUUGAUGCUCAAAAUUUAUUUCGACAAGAUAAAAGUGACUAUUUCUGCUUGUCUUUACAAAGUACGGAUAGUGACCGGCUCUCUCAGAAACUCCCUUUUAGCAUAUUAGGUAUUUGGGCACAACAAUUUAAUUACAUCGCCUUUGAUAUUUAUUAA